AUGAAUAAUUCUGCUCUACUCUUCCGUUUAGGUUCAGGGAUUCACGGACUGAUACACAGGAUCGAGGCUUUUGCCCAAGUUUCCCGGGUCGGUUUCCUUCUUGUCGUUCAGCGACUGUUGUUCACCCGAGAGGCACAAAUGAAAAAAGGGUGUAGCACUGCUCUUUACGUUCUCAGCGCGGAGCAGCUGACGGAAGCCAGGGAAUACUGCGACCGACUGUUAAGCCCAACGAAGGACGAAGCUUGUGGUGGGCUCAAGAAGAGUCUCCUGAAACCUUAUGAAUGGUGUGUAACGCCCUACAAUAUCUCUCUAUUGGCGAUUCUUGGAUUACCCACCGCUGCAAAUCGGGCAUCGGAGAUGAUUCCGUGUAUAUGUUUGUAUUUCCUACCCUCAAAUUCCAAACGGUGUGUGGUGAGGAUGAUUAAAACUUUGUUGAUUGCAGUAUUCAUUAUUCUCUUGUUUCAAUAUUCUAAAGCUAAUACAUAUACCCUAAUUGGGACACGUACGUGCUACUUUUUACGGUUUGCCGAUUUUGGAUUUCUGGUUCGUUUCGCUAUACUAAUUUACUAG